GUUUUAGUAUAUGAAUGAACUCUUGGAUCAUGACACCUUUGUUACUGAGUUCGAAUGACAAAAAACUGGGCUAAUUUUUAUCAACAACAAUAGCAACUAUCAACUUAAAGGGUCUAAAAGAGAAAAUUAUUGGUUGUGUUGCCCUUUUUUUUUGCUUUCUUUUAAACGCAAGACAUUCUAUUUCUUUCAUGACCUUUAACUCUCUUGAAAUAGGUCAACGUUUCAAAGUAACUUUGGGCAAGUCUUUUGAGACCAAACCUAAAAAGAAGGCACAAAAGUUCUUUAAUGUCAAAAACACUUUUAGUACAGAAGCUGGUAUUUUUGGACAGGAUGCCAAACUAGAAAAGACAAAUGAUAAAUAUCAAGUCGAAAUGAAGCACACCAAGAAACCCAAUGUGGUCUAUGAUGUCCAAGUGACAACAGAAGAAGAAUUCAACUGUAUUCUGAUUUAUAAUGAAGAGACAAAAACUUUUACUUUAGAACGCCAAAGUGCUCAAAUCAACUUACUCAAUCGAAAGCUAGAACUUCCUGUCAGUCAUUUGUUGAAUGACAUACAAUUACCAGCUACACCACAACAGAUGCAGACACCACCUGAUGUUACUGUCUCGACAACCAAUAUGGAACUGGACGAUUUUGAUUUUGAUAUCUCUAAGGAUAUGGAUGCUAUCCUAGACAGUGACGAUUCUGAUAAAGAAGACGAAGCAUCUGAAUCAGACGUAUUUGAAGAAAUUGAAGCACCUAUGAUUGCACCACAGCCAGUAUCUUCGCCCUUGAGUGUGCCCGUAACGCCUUCAGUAGCACCCAACUCACCGAGUAUACCCGUGAAUCUUGCGUUGCCUACAACACCCAUUCAAACCAAGAAACGAAAGCUGAAAAUGGCUUCUGCACCCAUUCGACAUCCAGGCACUGCUUCUCCAUUAACAACUGCACCUGCUCCUAAGCGACUCAAAUCAGAGUCAGAAGAUGAGAGUUUAUCCAGUGGAUCUGAAGAAUCCUCCAGUGGAUCAGAAUCUGGCAGUACAGAGACAGAAUCAUCAAGUGGAUCAGAAAGUGAAAGUGAUAGUGACGAUGAUGAUUUUGAAUCAUUAGCACAAGAUAUUUCGAUGAGUUUAUCAAAAGGAGGACCUUCUGCACCUGCUUCGCCUCAGCAACAACAAAGCCUUGAUACCCAACAUGUGGAAUCUCCUUCUCAGUAUAAACCAUUGUCGUAUGAUGCUCGGCCACCCACAAACAAUGGAAAUGCAGGUCCAAUGUCACUUCGCGCUUUAUUCAAAGAAGAUGAAGAAGAAGAAAGUCUGUCGAG